AUGAAGAAGGGCCGUUCUGUCAUCGACGAGGUAGUGACCAGAGAAUACAUCAUCCACAUUCACAGGCACAUCUGUGCGGUGGGUUUCAAGAAGUGUGCCCCUCGGGCCCUCAGAGAGAUCAGGAAACUUGCCAUGAAGGAGAUGGGAAGUCCAGAUGUGUGCAUUGACACCAGGCUCAACGAAGCUGUCUGGGCCACAGGAAUCAGGAAUGCUCCAUACUGUAUCCAUGUGUGGUUGUCCAGAAAACAUAAUGAGGAUAAAGGUUCACCAAACAAGCUCUAUACAUUGGCUAUGUAUGUACCUGCCACCACUUUCAAAAAUCUGCAGUUGAUGUGGAUGAGAAGCAAUCACUGA